AUGGAUGAAGAUGAACUUGAGUUGCAGCCGCAAGAGCCAAACUCAUUUUUUGAUGAAAUAGGAACUGAUGCUACACACAUGGAUGGUGAUGAAAUUGUUGUGGAAGUUCAAGAAACAGUUUUUGUUUCAGAUGUUGUGGAUUCAGAUAUAACUGUACAUAACUUUGUUCCUGAUGACCCAGAUUCAGUUGUAAUCCAAGAUGUUAUUGAGGAUGUUGUUAUUGAGGAUGUUCAGUGCUCAGAUAUAUUAGAAGAAGCAGAUGUAUCUGAAACAGUCAUCAUUCCUGAGCAAGUGCUGGAUUCAGAUGUAACCGAAGAAGUUUCUUUAGCACAUUGCACAGUCCCAGAUGAUGUUUUAGCUUCUGAAAUUACUUCAGCCUCAAUGUCUAUGCCAGAACAUGUCUUGACAAGGGAAUCGAUACAUGUGGCUAACAUUGGACAUGCUGAUAAACAUGUUCAUGAUAGUGUAGUAGAAGCAGAAAUCAUCACUGAUCCCCUGACAACUGAUGUAGUUUCAGAAGAAGUAUUGGUAGCAGAUUCUGCCUCUGAAGCAGUCAUAGAUGCCAAUGGGAUCCCUGUGGACCAGCAAGAUGAUGACAAAGGCAACUGUGAGGACUACCUUAUGAUUUCCUUGGAUGAUGCUGGGAAAGUAGAAAAUGAUGGUUCCUCUGGAAUGACCAUGGACACAGAGGCAGAAAUUGAUCCUUUUAUUAAAGUGGAUGGCACUUGCCCUGAGGUCAUCAAGGUGUACAUUUUCAAAGCUGACCCUGGAGAUGAAGAUUUAGGUGGUACUGUAGACAUUGUGGAGAGUGAACCUGACAAUGACCAUGGAGUUGAGUUACUUGAUCAGAAUAACAUUGUUCGUGCACCAAGGGAAAAGAUGGUUUAUAUGACUGUUAAUGAGUCUCAGCAAGAAGAUGAAGAUUUAAAUGUUGCUGAAAUUGCUGAUGAAGUUUACAUGGAAGUGAUUGUAGGAGAGGAGGAUGCUGCUGUUGCAGCAGCUGCCGUGCAUGAGCAGCAAAUGGAUGACAGUGAAAUCAAAACCUUUAUGCCAAUAGCAUGGGCUGCAGCUUAUGGUAAUAAUUCUGAUGGAAUUGAAAACCGGAAUGGCACUGCAAGUGCCCUCUUGCACAUAGAUGAGUCUGCUGGGCUUGGCAGACUGGCUAAACAAAAACCAAAGAAAAGGAGAAGACCUGAUUCCAGGCAGUACCAAACAGCAAUAAUCAUUGGCCCUGAUGGACAUCCCUUGACCGUCUAUCCUUGCAUGAUUUGUGGGAAAAAGUUUAAGUCGAGAGGAUUUCUGAAAAGGCACAUGAAAAACCACCCUGAACACCUUACCAAAAAGAAGUACCGCUGUACUGACUGUGAUUACACUACCAACAAGAAGAUAAGUUUACACAACCACCUGGAGAACCAUAAGCUGACCAGCAAGACAGAGAAGGCCAUCGAAUGCGAUGAGUGUGGAAAGAAUCUCUCUCAUGGUGGGGCUUUGUUUACUCACAAAAUGGUGCAUAAGGAAAAAGGAGCAAAUAAAAUGUACAAGUGUAAAUUCUGUGAAUAUGAGACAGCUGAACAAGGGUUAUUGAAUCGCCACCUUUUGGCAGUCCACAGCAAGAACUUUCCUCAUAUCUGUGUGGAAUGCGGUAAAGGCUUUCGUCACCCAUCAGAGCUCAAAAAGCACAUGCGAAUCCACACUGGGGAGAAGCCUUACCAAUGCCAGUACUGUGAAUAUAGGUCUGCAGACUCCUCUAACUUGAAAACACACAUAAAAACUAAGCAUAGUAAAGAGAUGACAUUCAAGUGUGACGUUUGUCUUCUGACUUUCUCAGAUACCAGAGAGGUUCAGCAACAUUCUCUUAUGCACCAAGAAAACAGAGUACACCAGUGUUUGCAUUGCAACCAUAAGAGUUCAAACUCAAGUGAUUUGAAACGCCACAUAAUUUCUGUUCACACAAAGGACUACCCACAUAAGUGUGACAUGUGUGAUAAAGGCUUUCAUAGGCCUUCAGAACUCAAGAAGCACAUGGCUGUCCACAAGGGUAAAAAAAUGCACCAGUGUAGACACUGUGACUUUAAGAUUGCAGAUCCAUUUGUUCUAAGUCGUCAUAUUCUCUCAGUUCAUACAAAAGAUCUUCCAUUUAGGUGUAAGAGAUGCAGAAAGGGAUUUAGGCAACAGAGUGAGCUUAAAAAGCAUGUGAAGACACACAGUGGCAGGAAGGUGUAUCAGUGUGAGUACUGUGAGUAUAGCACUACAGAUGCCUCAGGCUUUAAACGGCACGUUAUUUCCAUUCAUACGAAGGACUAUCCUCACCGUUGUGAGUACUGCAAGAAAGGGUUCCGAAGACCUUCUGAAAAGAACCAGCACAUAAUGCGACAUCAUAAAGAAGUUGGCCUGCCCUAAGAACACCUCUAUAGAUAUUUGUAGAGAUGUUAGCUUUGAAGCAGAAAAUUUAUUUUUAAGCCAUUCAUUCUCAUUCACUUACAGUAUUGUACAUUGAUUUAUGCUGUGUACAAACAGGAUUAUUGUUUCUACUCAACUUUUCUUUACAUUUUAUUCAGUAGAGUGUUCUAGAUUCUACUCAGUUUAAUGAGAAAAAGAAGCAGCAGUGAAAUUGCUUUUAAUGAAAUAACCAUAAAUCUAUACUGAAUUUUUCAGACUUGGUAGUUUUACUAUUUAAAUAUUUACUUAUUCACCUUGAUAGUACUCUUCUGAGACCUUUUAAAGAUUAAAAAACCCAAAUAUUGGUUACUCCAAAAAUAAUUUUGACUCAUUUUCCCAAUUUUUUCACAUUAAAUAGAAACAUCUGCUAAUAUAAAUGGAAUAUUUUAAUGUUGGAUCUAUACCAUGAAAGUCCUUGCUUAGUAUUUUCAGAUCACAUGACAAACUUUCCAUUUGAGCCUCUUGCAGUGCUGAAUGUAGAACAUUGGCUAAGUUUGUGUUUAAUUUUCACUUUGUUUUGCAGGCAAAUAAGCUGCUUUCUCUUUGCAGUGUUCACAUAGGACACUAAUAGCCUUAUUGAAAGGUUUUGCUUGUUUCUUUUUUUUUUGUCUCUGUACUGUUCUGUUUUGGAAUAGUUCUGUUCUACAAAUGAGAAUUGUGAACUCAGUUUUGAAUCUUUUAGAGAGAAAUUAUGGCUCAUAGGCUGUUGUGCAACUGGAUGUAUGUGUACUCUAUGGAUUUUGUAUGUCCCUGUGUGUUAUUUUACAUAUUUCUAUACACAAUCCCAAAUUUUAAGGCUAUAAAAAAAUAUUAAAUACAAUAAGCCUGAAAGAUCCAGGAAUGUAUGAGCAAGCAUUUUCUGUGCUUUGUAUUCAGAGAGUAAAUUCAGGUGAAGAAUUAGAAGGCAAAUGAGGACACUAGUAUUUUUAAACAGUAAUGUUUUAAGUAUCUUGGUAACUGGAAAAGGAAUUUAAGGUGUUUCAGAUAGAAACUUUUCUUACAAUUUCAGACUCAUAGCUUAAAUUUUUCUGAAAAGGCCAUGAAGUUGCAGACUGCAGACAUGAGUCUCUCUAGUGCUCAUUGAUAAGCCUAUAAAGGAACUGUCUUCUCACAAAGUCAGAAAGGCUAAGAAGAAGCCUUGGCUCUACCUACCAGAGAAUGGGUGCUAAUUAAACUUGGCUAUUUCAGCCUUCUUUUUUAUUUCUUAGACAGUUAGUAAACUUGGAAGAGAUUUAACACUCUGGUUGGCUUUGGUUAAAACAUAAAAGUAUAUUUAAAAGUAAAUGAAAAUGUGAGGCUUUAUUUGGAAUAUCACUGAGUCACAGUUUUGUUUUUAUUUGAGAAUUGACACAUUUUAAGUCGUGCAUCAUAAACAUAAAAUACUAGGUCAAACAGUUAAUUAGAAUUUGGUUGUGUUAAUAUGAAUUUUUGAGAGCAGAGAAUAAAUUUUAUGUAACAAAUUGGGUAUUGGCACAUAUUAGUGGCACGUUGUGAGAAAUUAGAAAUUUUUAUUCCAGUCUGAUACAGCUACCUUGUAUCUUCAUUAUGGUGCUUUUACCUUUAGCCUGUCUCUGUGCCUCUAAUGUUUAUAUUCAAAAUUUAUAUUUAUAGGUUGGGGAUCUAAGUAUUUGUCCUUUAUUUUUACAGCUUCUAAAGGCUAGAUUAAAUUAGGCUAGUUCUAAGUUAAGUGCUUUAGGCACCUUGGGGUUUAAACCUAAAGUCAGCAAAAACCACAUGUUGAAUUUUGGAACCUCUUUUGCCUUCUUGGCCUGCAUAUAUGUAUCUACCCAUUUUUAGUUCCAUCCAUUGAUCUGUUCUUGAAAACUCUUAUUCUUUAUGUAAGAAUCUUUCAAAUUUCCUUUGCAUUUGGUUUUUCCCUAAACUAAUAUUAAAGGAAAGGUUUAAAUGAAAGUUUACAUUAAAAAUUUUUAAAUACUCUGUAAAAUUAAUACAGAUAACUAGCUAUUAUAUUUCUAAAAUAGAGAUAAUGAACAACAUGUAAUUAUAUUUUUCACAUAGUCUGGAGUCAACGCAAUUGCUUUUUUAAAAAUUUUCAAGCACAAUGUUGAGACCUUUAAAAGGUAUUAAGGGUUUGGUCAAGUGAAUAUGAUAAAAUAUUAAUCUUCAUAAAGAAAAUGAAGUACUUUCUGUUAUGUACUUAUAAGCAGGCUGUUUUAAUUCUUAAUUAGCAAAGCUAAAGUGGAUGUUUCAGUUUAAUGUUCUAAACAGGUACAGAUUUUUAGAGGAACAUAAGUUAUUGUUGAAAUAUCCUAUAUGUCUCUGCAUCUGUACACAUUGUAAAAUACUUAAUAAGAAAUUCGUAUAGAAAAAUAAGACACUAUUGUAAAUGUGUACUUGAGAAUAACAUACAAAAAUAAAAAUCAGAAUA